CACGAGGGAACGCAGGCUGUCACCUCCCCUCCGUCGAGCUGUCAGUUGACAGCCACACACACGUAAAGGGCUCGGGAUUUAGCUGUUGCGGAUAGAGCUGUUAGUACUAGAUAUGUCUCGUAACGUUUUAAUAGCGACCGGGCGAAGCCAGAUACCUUCAGCGCAAUAGACAGUCAGUGAGCUCUGUGGACUGACCUCCAACACGCAACGUGACGAGCGCUUAAACGUUGGCUAGCUGUAGCGGCUAGUGGGUUAGCUUAGCUAGCUGAUGAACGGAGCUUUUCCAGCUGCAAGGACUGCGCGGUGAAGUGCUCUCGGUGCCUCCGUAGCCGUCAUUCAUCUCACGGGCUAGCUUGCUUGCUAUCGAAGGUCAGGGAACAGUGAGGAUCGGAUUGGAGCUACCGUAAUGGUAGCAAUCUCUAUGGCGCUUUUAGACUGUAGUCUGAGCAUAAUUAGAGUACAUGCAUCAGUCUCUACGUUGUAAUCGUUACCUCCAUAGGGGGUUCUCGGUGUGAUUAAAAAAAAUCGGUAAUAUUUUGCAUCCCGGUGAUUAGCUGUGUGGCUAUCUGCCUUGGCUAACGGCCACUCGGAGGGUGGCUCGCCUCGCUCGGCUGCUGAGAGCCCGGAGACAAGUCGAGGAAGGAAGCGGUGACUUGUGAUGUGGGCUGGAAUGAAGUGGCGAGCUGUUCAGCGAACGUAGAAAGGGCAGUAUUAGCCGAAGUAGAUUGGAUUCUAGUUUGUCUAGAUAGGGGCAUAGCACCAGUGAGGAAAGGUCGGAUUAAACACAAAUCAGGACGCUUGUAAUAGCUAGUUGGCUGAAUGAAUAGUGUCUCUAUUCGUUGAGACGGGAGCUGGUGGUAGAAAGAGAAAAAGUAACGCAACGAUAUUCUAUACGGGCUCAUAAGCACACAUUUUACUGCUCUGAAAGAUGGCUUCGGCGAGUGCUAUUGUCGCAUCUAUUGCGAGUAAAACGAAGACAAAGAAGAAACACUUCGUUGCCCAAAUGAAGCUUUUUCGUGCCAGCGACCCUCUGCUCAGCGUGGUGAUGUGGGGAGUCAACCAUUCGAUAAACGAGCUAAGCCAUGUCCAGAUUCCUAUCAUGCUCAUGCCAGAUGACUUCAAGGCCUACUCCAAGAUUAAAGUGGACAACCACCUCUUCAACAAGGAAAACAUGCCAAGCCAUUUUAAGUUCAAGGAGUACUGCCCUCUGGUGUUCCGCAAUCUGCGCGAAAGGUUUGGCAUCGACGAUCAGGACUUUCAGAACUCUCUGACGCGGAGCGCGCCACUGAACAGCGAGUCCCAAGGGCGGAGCGGCGCCCGCUUCCACACCUCCUACGACAAGCGCUACGUCAUCAAGACCAUCACCGGCGAGGACGUGGCCGAGAUGCACAACAUCCUCAAGAAGUACCACCAGUUCAUCGUGGAGUGUCAUGGCAACACGCUGCUGCCUCAGUUCCUGGGGAUGUACCGGCUGACGGUGGACGGCGACGAGACGUACAUGAUCGUCACGCGCAACGUCUUCUCGCACCGCCUCUCCGUCUACAAGAAGUACGACCUGAAGGGUUCUACUGUUGCAAGAGAAGCCAGCGAUAAGGAGAAGGCCAAGGAGCUGCCCACCUACAAGGACAACGACUUCAUCAACGACGGGCAGAAGAUCCACAUCGACGACGAAAACAAGAAGAUGUUCAUGGAGAAGCUGAGGAAAGACGUGGAGUUCCUGGCCCUGCUCAAGCUGAUGGACUACAGCCUGCUGGUGGGAAUCCACGACGUGGAGCGGGCCGAGCAGGAGGAGGUGGAGAGUGAGGACAACGAGGGCGAGGACGACGGCGAGAGCGACGGCGGGGUGGGCACGCCGCCCGACAGCCCCAGCAACACGCUGGACAGCGCCAAGCCGCUGUCGCCCGGCGAGUUCGACCCCACCAUCGACGUCUACGCAAUCAAGAGCAACGACGGCGCCCCCCGGAAGGAGGUGUACUUCAUGGCCGUCAUAGACAUCUUGCAGCACUACGACGCCAAGAAGAAGGCUGCGCACGCCGCCAAGACCGUCAAACACGGGGCCGGAGCGGAGAUCUCCACGGUGAACCCGGAGCAGUACUCCAAGAGGUUCCACGACUUCAUCACCACCAUCCUGUCGUAGCCCCCAGGAGUCACGCUGGAGGAAAGGGGGACGGGGGGGGGGGACGGGGGCGUCCAAGGUGGGGGGAGAGAAAAGAGGCCAGUGGAGUUUGAGAAGGGGGGUGGGGGGUGGAUAUGAGGGUGGGCGUGGCCCAACCAAGAGUCUGCGGAGAUAUGCAAGUGUUGCGAUGGCCUGGUGUUGUCUCUCUCUCUCUGCCUCAGGCCUCCCCCUCGUCCCCCGUCCCCCCCCCCCCACUUGAAGCGGGGCGCGGUGUUGCUCUGCAGCUAAGAACCAUCAUUCGUUUACAUUGAACCUCUCCUCUGUUAUCGUUGUUGUCGUGUUCUGUUUACGUCGGACCAUGCGGUUUUAUGGAAAACGGUCAAUGUCAUUAUUUUUAUGACUAUAUUUAGGUAUUUGUUUUGUUCGUUUCUCUCAUACCAUUCGUUUUCGGGAACGAAGCUUUUUGAUUUUUUUUUUGCUACCGUCUCCGCAGCGAUGUGUCUCGCGUCCUGCGUUCAUUGUUUUGUUUUUGUUCAUACGUUUUGACUUGUUGUUGUUUUUAUUUAGUUUUUUCAUGUUUCCCUUUUUGAUGUGAGAGGUUACGAGUGGGACGUUGUGUGCUUUUGUUUGAGGUCAAUGCUAGAGGUCAGAGGUCGAACUCACAGCACAGCUUGAAACCAUUUGAUUUGGUUUUGGGGAGGAAAAAAAAAUGCAGACUUUGAGCGGCGAGUCGUUGAGCCUCGUCCAAUGCAAUCGCUUCGCUUCAGGAAGUAGGAGGCAGUCUUCCGAAAGGCCAACAGCCAAACUUCCCCCACCGGAUUUUAAUUGUUUCCCCCCCGUUGUUUAGAGCCCUCCACUUAACUCAUCUUAUCUCUCAAUCGGGCUCCUGCAUCCGUCAGUCAUCUUUUAACACCGCCCCCGUUGCGGUCGUUCUUGCUGGUCGCUUUCUGUCGUCCUUACUGGUUUAAAAGGUAUUAAACUUGUGGAAGAAGCUUUAUUUCUUUUUAUCACACAAGAGUUGUCUCAGCGAUACACAAUACACUCUGUGCACCCGGGCCAGUACAGGUCCGGUGUAAACGCCUGUGUUCAGCGCGUCAUGCGUCUCCGAUGUUUGCGAUUGGCCCAGCUAUGUUGCGCUCUUCUUGUAGCGCUAUGGAUGAAGAAGGGAAGUCUGGGCUGGUCAAACUUCCAUAGAGGGAGGGGGAGCGAAAGGACCGACUGCCCUGGUCCAAUGCGUUUUUGGACUUAAGUCCCGAGCCACAGGCACCAAACUGGGUCAACAGGCGGCUGUGGUUGAUGAUAACAAACCCCCGACUGCUGUAAUUCCCUGUUCUUUUUUAAAUUGUGUUUUCCCAUUGGAAAUCCCCCCCCCCCCAUCGCCCCUAAAGUUCUCCCCCGUUGCCAUCAGCACCUUACUAACUCCUAAUCACAGAAUAAAUAAGUAAAUGUUGCACUUUUAUUUGCUCAUUUGUUAUUCCCUCUUUCUCUGUUACAUGCACAACAUAAAGCACUGUCCCUAGAGAUCCAAUACACCCCGCCCUCCUAUCUAGUCGCGCUCCCUGGAUGUCAGAAGGGAUUGACUCAAAAUAAAUAAAGGAACCGUUCCAAUAAUAAUUGCACCUUCGCACCUAUCUGACCGAGUGUUAUUAUGAGUGUCCGGUUGGGGGGGUCACAUCUUGUGUGUGUGUGUGUGUGUGUGUGUGUGUGUGUGUGUGUGUGUGUGUUCCAACAGAAGACAAAAUGAGCGGGAUGUGUGUGGGUGGGGGGGGGGGGGGGGGGGGGGGCUGUGUGGGUGGGGUCAGCAGCCGCGGGUUAUAUAGUUGGUGUUGUUCUGAGUACUUAUGGUCCCGUCCGGCCAGUGGAUCAGUUCUGGAGCCUGGUGGAUGCGCGUGCUAACCCCCUUGUGUUGUUUGUGUUUUUGCUGUUUUUGUGGUUGUUACUGUGGACGUUGAUGAACGGUGGUUUUAUCUGUGUUUGGAUCUGGGUGGAUUUAUAAUGUAUCAAUGUCUCAAUUUCUGUUUGUUUGUUUUGAAUGUCUUUCUUUUUCUUAUUCGGUUUGGUUGAAUUGUUUUUUUUUGUAUAUUUUGCACAAGAGGAAAGGAACCAAAUGUUAUGCAUAUGAUCCCAAUUAGUUGAUGUGGUCUUAACAAGGGAAAUGCAAUAUUAUAUGUGUAUGUACGUGACAAGACUGUGCGUGCGAUGUUGUUCAACAGUUAUGGGUAACCGACUAAAACAGAAAAAAUUCCCCCAAAAAAAAUUGUACCAUCGUUCUUCUUGACUAUUCUUAACCCAUGCAAAAAGUUAUAUUCACAUUUAUAUUUUUACAUUGCAUUUAAGUCGUGAAAUAUAGUUGUAUAAAAUUAAAAAAGCGAUAAACCCUUCCCUUCCCUGCCCUCUAGAGAGUGUGUGUGUGCGUGUGUGGUGGUCCUGUGUUGAAUGAAGAAUGACACUGCUUGAAUUUGUACAAAGCUUACUAUAAUAUAAACAUGUACUGUAACAAAGAGGAAAAAGAAGGCAAAAAAAAUAUGCAUGUCGCAGGACUGAGUUUCAAUUCGUUCUCCUUCUGUGCUCUUGUGUGUGUCGUCUCGCGGCUCCAUGUCCACGGUUUGAUGUCCGCGUCCCUCUCCCCCACUCUCUCGACCUGUCUGCUCUCUGAUGUAAACAGUGUGCUCCAUGCACCAUGCUUCACUAUACCUGUUGUUUUCAUUAUAUACACUGUGCAAGAGGUGUGCCUUUUUAUUCUGAAAAUUAUUUAAUUUUGUAUUUUGUAAUCUUUUUGUUCAUUCUUUUUUUUCUUUUGUUCGUUCCUAUCUUUUGUUUUUAGCAAAAGGUAAACAGAUUAUUUUAAUAUUUUGAGGGUCUUUUAUUUUUUGUUGCUUUUACAUUGUUUAUUGUAGGCUUAUAUUUUUCAUCUCUGCCACCUCCUUCGCCACCAAAAAAGCUAAAGUGUUAUCGUUCCAUGGGAAAGUUCAUUAAACCACUCAUGCCAAGACCACACUUAGCCAUGGUGUUUUUCAACUCAACCUGUUGGCUUGAUUUUCUUUCUCCAAGUGAACCCUUUGCUCCAAUUCUAUUCUUUCUACCCAUUAAGGUAGGCUACAUUCACAUGUCCUAUGCUCUCGAGAACUACCAGCAAAGCUGCAAUUAAAUUCUUAGAAGGUGGAGGAGUGCAUGCUGGGAGAUGGAGUAUCUGAAAUACAUUAAUCCUAUGCCUAACGUCAUGGAUAGUCCACAUUCUGGUUGCAUAAACAGACACGGCAAGCAACUCGUCAGAGUUUUAGAUGCUUUGCCAUUGCUUACGUCUUGUCUUCUAUCAUGUCCAACUACUCUCUCCCUAUCUGCUUCUUUUUAUUUUUUUUUUACCCUCAAAACAUUUAGCUUUUCAUUUGAUUUACAUUAACUUUGCCAAAAGUAUUGUGUUGAGCAGUGGAGACUGCCCCAUCCGCGCUUCAGGGUAUCCAAGCUUCAGGAGCUGUGUAGUGUAAAGUGGUUCUGCGCUCCAUUUUAAUGGGAUGCUUUGGUUUAACUAACUCAAAUGAACAUGUGGGAAGUUCUGAGCUAUGUGAAACACGCCUUGUGUCAUCUACAUGUGGUUUUAUGAAGUGUAAAGGGCAACGUGUUAUUAUUAUUAUUAUAUCAAGGUAACGACUGAAAACUCGUUUGCUAUUGGAAACAUUUGCAGGGUGGCAGAAAUGGACCUCGGUCUGAUCAUGGCCACAGUUUAAAAUAGAAAGACGUGUGUGUUGUGUCUGACAACGACCACUGGGGCUCAUCGUUUCCUAUCCCCCGCCAAAUCCACCAGCCCUUCCUUUUGAGGGAGAGAGGCCAACCGCUGUUGUGUUGUGUUUGUUGUUCUACACCUAUAAUGACUAUGAUAUCCAUAAUAAUACACUCCCAUUUCAUCAGCAUUCACUAAAACCAAUUAAAGCACUUGGUCUGAUAA